AUGGAUCCCGCAGCACCGGCAGACUCUUGCGAGACGUCACACGAUGUCCACAAGUCGUUGGAAACCAUUUUCAAGAACAAUCGGGAGUGGGCGCUUGACAAGGCUCGCGCAGACCCGGUGUUCUUUGAAAAGCUGGCAGAUGGACAGGCGCCCAAUUACCUCUACAUCGGAUGUAGUGACAGCCGCGUCCCCGCCAACGAGAUUAUGGGCCUAGAGGCCGGAGAGGUGUUCGUGCACCGAAACAUCGCCAAUUUGGUCCCUAACCUUGACAUAAACGUCAUGUCCGUGAUCAACUACGCCGUUAGACACCUGCACGUCAAGCACAUCAUCGUCUGCGGCCACUACAAUUGUGGAGGUGUCAAGGCCGCCCUGACACCCGCCGACUUGGGCAUUCUCAACCCAUGGCUCCGGAAUAUCCGUGAUGUCUAUCGCUUGCACGAGAAGGAGCUCGAUCAAAUUGCCGAUGAGAGUGCCAGAUACAACAGACUCAUUGAAUUGAAUGUGGAGGAGUCUUGCAGGAAUGUUAUCAAGACUGCGGCGUUUCAGCAGAGCUACCUAGAACAUGGGUACCCCAUGGUCCACGGAUUGGUCUUCGAUCUUCGCGACGGACUGUUGAAGGAUCUCAAGUUUGAUUUCGAGGGGACUCUUGAGGAUGUUAAGAAGAUCUACUCUCUUUCCUGA